GACGUCUCUCUUGGAUAACACCACACUGCCAGUACGAUCUGGUCCACCCUCUCAUCGUCUCAUCCGUGACUCAGAUGAACAACAGAUCCAUCGAGGAUAUAGCUGCGCAGAUCAUUGCAGGGCUGCGCUGUAAAUCGCCCUCUGACGAACACAAGGGGAUGAUAGUCCAGAUGCUGACGGAGAUCAGGCGACUAGCGGGAGAGCUACCAGCAUCCGCCCAUGCCCUCGCAGUGGAAAUGUCAAGGCUUGCGAAUGUUUCGCGCAUUGCCUUUGGCCCAGAAGAAGAGGAGAUCAACGAGGUCACCGAUGUCCACGAGGAUGAUGACGAGUACAAUGGGGGAGAGUACAACUCGGAGGACAAGCAUGACGAGGACAACGAGUCAUUUGAGAGGCGUCACAGGGCCAACAUGGGGUCGUCCAGACUCUCGAGCGAAAGAGCACAGGAAGUAGCCAAUCACUUGCAAGCCAUCAUCACAAACCUGAAGGCUGCACUUGCAAGCUGCCUCUAUGCUCCCAGGGACGCUGACGAUGUCCUGCGAAUGGAGAGCAUACUUCACGUCCAUAUGGGAUUGCCUCUCCCACUCGUCUGGCAGAUCCUUGAAACUGCCGAGUACUGGGUCCGCUCUCUUGGAAGCUGUGGAGACGUUAUAGUCUGGGCUCACAAUGAGAAAGUGCAAGAAGAGCUCUGUUGUACGGCGAAAGUACCGUUGAACGUGAAGGACUACAGACCGUUGCGCCGGAUAGUGUUCACAAUCGACUCGUGCGACCAAGGUACGUACUGUGCUUGUUGUCUUUUGGGCUAAAUCCGGGUUGUUUUGCGGCGUUCUUGCAAUGUAGGCCUAUAG